CUGGCAUCGAGACAAUGGCUCUGUGGGACUCCUUUCUCUGCCACUGAUAUCUCUACUGUGUCCUACAUUGAAGUCUACUUCUUGAGUCUUCCCUCUGCCAAAAUAGGACCACCUGAGACUACUAGAAUUGCUACUGAUCUCAAUCCAAGAGUUGAGGAUACUUUCAUCCCUCAGAACUGCUCUUUCUCCUCCUCUACCAAUACACUGACCAGGAAUACAUUCACUCUACCACAGAAUCCUGAUGAUAAUGUUUUAGAGAUCACAUUCGAUUUCAACCAAGACACUGACUGGCUGUUCAUCAGUGAGAUACAACUGUGUGCAGGAGAUCCUCCAUCUUCCAUCUCUUGUGGCUCUCCCACCACUGACCCCACACCAACCCCCUCCCCUCCCCCCUCUCCCACCCCUCCCUCCCUCACUCUCUCCUCUCCCCCACCCACCGGAGCCACAGAGAGCCCUGACCUGGGCCAGCCUGACUCUGUCAGUCUCACUUGCUCUGUGGCCAGUCCUCCUACUGGUGACUACCAAUACCAGUGGCAGUGGUGGAGGAAUGGGACACCACUGAGCAACACUGACACUCGAUUCUCUAUCACACACUCCACCAACACUCAGUCCAGUAGUCUAGUCAUAUCUGGUCUCAGAUAUUCUGAUGCAGGAGACUACAUGUGUACAGUGGAGUAUGGAGCAUGUCCUGAUGGAGUGGAUUGCAGUGGAACCACACCAGUCACUGGAAACAUACAUCUCGACCUUCCAUUGAUAGUGGAGGUAGAGUCCUCAGGACUGGUGGUGAGAGAAGGAAGUGAGGUGAUUGUUCUGACAUGUGAGGUGUAUGGCUAUCCUCGAGACUCCUCACCUCCCAAGUGGAGCUCUCCUGGGAGAAACCUGGAGACCCGCAGAUUCAUCACUACUCUCAGUGACACUGGUCCCCUGAGUGGUGGCAGUGUGUCCUCCACUGACAAGGUCACUGUGUCUCAACUCACCAUAGUCAACGUCACAGAGGCUGACCAAGGAGAGUACACAUGUUCAGUGGAUGGAGAAUCUGCUUCUUUCCGUGUUGAUCUAGGCAAGUUGCUAUUCAUAGCUAGCUACCUCCACAUUCACCAAAGAAUUUGUUCUAUCGAGAGUGGCUACGUGUGGACACAGACGGUGUACGACACGACGGGGAACAUCCUCACAAACCCAGACUUCUCAAACCCGGUCAAGAAGACCCUCCAGAAUGAUGACAGUAGUGGAGAGUGCAAUGCAUAUGGGAACAUCAGGACUGCCAACAUACAGCCCAACCCUUUCAAUGACGACUACUAUGGAGGAGAGGCAGAGAGCCACAUAGUCCAGUACUCUGCUCGACUCUACUUUGUCUGCAAGGCAGGCACCACACUGGAGGGCCCAACACUGGAACAUGUCAAAGACACUUACACUGCACACAUUCGCUUCAACACUAAUUCUUUCAGGGUUCAAGAAACUGGUACUACAACAUCUCCAGUGGCAUACAAUGGUAUUGAGCCAGACACAACAGGCUUCUACUUCUUGAGUCUUCCCUCUGCCAAAAUAGGACCACCUGAGACUACUAGAAUUGCUACUGAUCUCAAUCCAAGAGUUGAGGAUACUUUAAUCCCUCAGAGCUGUUCUUUCUCCUCCUCUACCAAUACACUGACCAGGAAUACAUUCACUCUACCACAGAAUCCAGAUAAUGUAGAGAUCACAUUCAGUUUCAACCAAGACACUGACUGGCUGUUCAUGAGUGAGAUACAACUGUGUGCAGGAGAUCCUCCAUCUUCCAUCUCUUGUGGCUCUCCUACCACUGACCCCGCACCAACCUUCUCCCCUCCCCCCUCUCCCACCCCUCCCUCCCUCACUCUCUCCUCUCCCCCACCCACCGGAGUCACAGAGAGCCCUGACCUGGGCCAGCCUGACUCUUGGCAGUGGUGGAGGAAUGGGACACCACUGAGCAACACUGACACUCGAUUCUCUAUCACACACUCCACCAACACUCAGUCCAGUAGUCUAGUCAUAUCUGGUCUCAGAUAUUCUGAUGCAGGAGACUACAUGUGUACAGUGGAGUAUGGAGCAUGUCCUGAUGGAGUGGAUUGUAGUGGAACCACACCAGUCACUGGAAACAUACGUCUCAACCUUCCAUUGAUAGUGGAGGUAGAGUCCUCAGGACUGGUGGUGAGAGAAGGAAGUGAGGUGAUUGUUCUGACAUGUGAGGUGUAUGGCUAUCCUCGAGACUCCUCACCUCUCAAGUGGAGCUCUCCUGGGAGAAACCUGGAGACCCGCAGAUUCAUCAUUACCCUCAGUGACACUGGUCCCCUGAGUGGUGGCAGUGUGUCCUCCACUGACAAAGUCACUGUGUCUCAACUCAUCAUAUUCAACGUCACCGAGGCUGACCAAGGAGAGUACACAUGUAACUCAGGAUCAGGAGCCGACAGCAAUGAGUCCCUGACUGGUGUAGUGGUGGGACUGGCUGUAAUGCUCCUCGUCUCGGUGACUAUCAACCUACUGUUAGCUGCCCACUGGAUGUACACACUGAGAGGGAGGGGAACAAAGAGUGGUGGAGAGGGUCCCGGGAACCAGGAACAGCUCUAUGAGGUGGUCGAUGGUGAUCAGCAACUCAAUGCAGCACGAGAUGAGGUCUCUCUGAAAACCAAUGAGGCAUACGGGAAAAUAAGCACCCAGAAUAUGACCUCUGCACCCAACACUGCACUUUGA